UAUCUUUACAUAAAACGUAUUUCAAAUUGCAAUAUCUACGCUGUUGUAUUGAAUGUAGUGUUGGUUGAAUUGAACUGUGCAACUCGUUGUGAAAAACAUUUAAGUCUUCUUGAUAACCUUCGGGAGGAAAAUUAAUGGACUUGUUGUAAAUAAAACACUAUAAAUACGGUGAUCAUAUAAAUAAGUUAAUUAAUUCAAUUUGAUAUUUACAAGAUGAAACCUGUGAUAGUUGUCUUGAUUGUAGCCUCAUUCGCCCUAGUCCACGGUGGUGUACUUCCGGACUACCUGCCAAGGCCUUGUAGCAAAUCUGAUCCCAAUUUUAAGGAAUGUACAUUGCGAGCGUUUAAAAAGGCUGAGCCGUACGUUAUAAAAGGAAUACCACAACUGAAUAUACCAAAACUAGAACCUCUGGAGAUACCAGAGUUUUCUAUUGAUCGGACUCUUAAUGACUUCGUUAGUAUUAUAGGCACAACAAAGAAUAUUAAAGUAACAGGAUUGUCCAAAUAUAUUCUGCAAGAUUUUAAAUUUGAUCCAAAUGACUUGUCGUUCGAAGCUACAGUGAAUCUUCCAAAUCUCGUUGCAUCGAUGGAAUACAAUGUUGCAGGACGAUUGCUAGUUGUUCCUUUGCAAGGACGAGGAUUCUUUAAGGGCAAUUUCACAAACACUGACGUUUCCUUAAGGGGUAGUCUGAAGCCCUUCGAGAAAGAUGGAGUUCAAUAUUUUUCAGUCGAUAAAAUCAGCGUGAAAAGCAGAGUAGGCAAUGGGAUAGUAAAAUUAAUUUCUAAAGAUCCUAGGAAUCAAUUUGCAGCUGAUCUUAUAACGACAUUCUUUAACGAAAAUCCAAGACGUGUGCUGGACGCCAUCAACCCCAUUUACGUCGAAUCAGCUGCCCAAUUUUACGGACAAAUGUUCAACAGCAUCCUCUCAACAAUACCAGCUAGUGAACUGCUUCCUGCCAAAUAAAAUUAUUACAACUAGUACUGUUAAUCGUUACAAUCAAAUUUAAAAUGUAAGUGAAGCUUGGUCUUGGUAGAAUCGCUAUUAUUUUUGGGAAGCAGUGAAGCGAUACCUAAUACAAGUAAAUUUAAUAAUUAUUGUAGUAUAAUAAUUAAGUAACAUUGUAAAUUUGACAUAAUUCUUCUUUGAUUUGUACCUGUGUAAAUAAACCAUUUUAU